AUGGAAGGCAAAAGGGAUGAAGGUAUAAGAAAAGGACCAUGGAAAGCGGAGGAAGAUGAAGUGCUUCUCAACCAUGUCAAGAAAUGUGGUCCGAGGGACUGGAGCUCCAUUCGAUCCAAAGGCCUCUUGCAGCGUACCGGAAAGUCUUGCCGUCUCCGUUGGGUUAAUAAGCUUCGACCCAAUUUGAAGAAUGGGUGCAAAUUUUCACUAGAGGAGGAGAGGGUGGUGAUAGAGUUGCAAGCACAAUUUGGGAACAAAUGGGCAAAAAUUGCAACCCAUUUGGCUGGAAGAACUGACAAUGAUGUCAAGAACUUUUGGAGUAGCAGGCAGAAGAGACUGGCUAGGAUUCUGCAGACAUCAACAGCAGCAAUCACACCCUCCAAAUCACACAAAAACAGAAGGGAAAUUCCUGUUUAUCAUGAUGAGGUUCCCACCUUGGAGGAGCCGGAGUAUAGAGAGAAUCCAAAGCACUUCUUUUUCAAAGAGAUUCCAAAAUUCAGUUGUUCAUCAGAGGGAGAGUCAUCAUCGCAGGCUGCAUCAUGCUCAUCACCAUGCAUUGGAAACUCCGAUGCGCUCCAAAUGGUGCCAGUCCCUGAUCUUCUUGACUCCAAGUUUCUUGGUUUUGAAGCAGACCCUGUUCAGCAGGAGCCCGCACUACCUGAGAAGAAUCUAUGGAUCGAGUCCCAACCUCUAAUCCCGUUCCUGGAGAACCAACAACCCCAAACAGACCUUGAAUUCUCAUCAGACCAAGAACUCCUGAAACUGGACUUCGACAUGCUCACAACUCUGGAUGCUGAACUUGGCAAACAACUCGACAUCGGACCACCAUUUCUUGAGCCAGUAGGAAGCUGUGGAAAUGUUGAAGGGGAAAUGAUUGACGACCCAAUAACCCCGGACUGCGUCUUCGAUGACUUUCCAGCAGACAUGUUUGAUCAAAUCGAGCUGCUGCCGAAUGGUUCAAAUCCAUCUCAUGAUUGA